AGUCACAUCAUCCUACCUCGGUGGAUGGCUUGGCCUCUUGAAUAGUUCAAGACUCUUGGAUGACCAUACUUUAUGCAAAAUCUGGAAUCUUCCUGCCUGGACUCCUUUCUGUUUUCUAAGGGUUCAUGUUGGGGAGAGGUCUAAAACGCAAGCUGAGUGACUAUGAGGAGAACAUGGCUGGUCUCUCGAGUGCCUUUGAUUCCAGUCGAAGUCUGCCGUAUCCGCUUAGGAGGCAGUUGGUGCUCAAUAUGUGCCUCACCAAGUUACAGACGUACAAAAUGCUGGUGGAACCGAACUUGCACCGCUCUGUCCUCAUAGCCAACACAGUGCGGCAAAUUCAAGAGGAGAUGAGACAAGAGAGUAAUCAGCAGCCAGUUAAUGUCUGCCCUGGCAUUACUCUUGGUUCUCACAGCUAUGCAGGGAUGGAAUCAUGUGGGAUUUCUCUUCAGUUGCCUUCAGGUAUUAGCCAGCAAGAGCCUAACUGUUGCGACUUGCGGUCUGUAGAAGACCCAAUAGAAAAUAGCCUGCUGAUAGUUUCAGAUGAUGAUAUGUCAUCUGCUAUUUCAUCUAUUCUGAAGGAUUUAGACUUUGUUGAAGAUAUAAGCCCACCUACUUGUCUGAUUCCUACUGGAGAUGACCAGCCAAAGUUUCCAGAAAAUACUGGUCUAAAGCUAGAAGAUGAUAGACAGGAUUUGAAGGGAGCUGAAUGUGUGUUUGGUUCCUUUGAGAUUUCAAAUUCAACUAGCUACUUGAAGGAUCUGGCAAUAGAUGACAUUUUUGAAGAUAUCGACACUUCAAUGUAUGAUUCAGACUUCUGUUGCCCUCCAGUAAUGCCGCCCAGACCACCAUCUCUUGCUACAGAAGAACCGUUGAAAACCUUUCCAUCUUGUAAUUCUUCCUCGGCAAGCAACAUUCAGAUAUGUAGAACAGAUCUGAGUGAGUUGGACCACAUCAUGGAAAUUCUGGUUGGAUCCUGA